CAUGUUUAAACGGUUCUCCAACAAAAACACCUUGAAAACCAUCUUUCGCUUUUGGUCGUUUGACAAAAAUCAUUCAAAACGGCAUAAACUUGGCUAGCCGUGGUUUUCACUCAAAUGACGUGGUUUUUAAAGUGUCUUACUUGAUUUAUUAGCCAAAUACAUCAAAUAAGGGUUUUAAACACUUGGUUUUUAUUUUGGAGAACUUUGAAUUUUUCGGUCGGGUUUCGCAUCGGUUGGCUAGGCCGUGGUUAAGGCAAAAACCAUGGGUUCUUGACUAACCACCCACCCAGCGAUGGGAAGAUCUUCCCAUCGAUGGGAAUUGGAGAGGGUCAAUCAACCUCUAGGCCACCGCUCUUUGAUGGCACCAACUACACAUAUUGGAAAGAGCGGAUGAAAAUCUACAUCCGCUCAACCAACUUUCAGUUGUGGUUGGUCAUCAAGAAUGGCGAGGAAACUCCAAUGAAGAAGGUCGAUGAAAAACUCGUCCCAAAGACCGAGGACGAAUUUGAUGCCGAAGACAUCAAAAAAGUGGAGAACUACGCCAAGGCUAUCAAUAUGCUGUACUGUGCCGUCAAUCCUGAUGAUUAUCGCAAGAUUUCUUGCUGCACCACUGCAAAAGAAAUGUGGGACAAACUGGAGGUCACGUAUGAAGGUACGGACCAGGUUCGGGAAGCCAAAAUUGACUUCCUAACGCAGGAGUACGAGAUGUUCAGGAUGAAGGAAGGCGAAAAGAUCGAUGACAUGUUCGAUCGGUUCUCAAAAAUCAUCAACGACCUUCAUGCACUCAAGAAGACUUACACCAACAAGGAUCUUGUGAGAAAAAUCCUGCGAAGUCUCACACCCGAAUGGAGAUCAAAGGCAGAUGCAAUCUAUGAAUCCAUCGGAGUCUCAAAUGUCACCAUCGACGGGCUAAGAGGUAAUCUCAAAACUUAUGAAUCUACUAUUCUAACCCCGUCUUUGGAUGAGCAAAAGAAGAAGGGAAUAGCACUGAAAGCAACCAAGGAGACCGUGGAAGAUGACUCAAGCGAUGAUGACAACGAGUUCGGACUUGUCAUCAAGAAAUUGCACAAAUUUUUGAAGAAGGAAUUUGAGCGCAAAGGAAGAAAGCACGACGGUCCCCCGAAGUGCUAUGGUUGUGGUGAGAUAGGCCACAUCAAGCCAAGGUGUCCAAAAAGCAAAGGCGGCAAGGACAAACCUGGCUUCAAAAAGCAACGCGCCUACAUCUCUUGGGGAGGCGACUCCGGGGAUGAGUCAACGGAUCAAGAAGAGGAGGAAGCCGCCAACCUCUGUCUCAUGGCGCACGAAGAUCAAACCGACGACGUUCAAGAG